AUGAGGCAGCAAGAGACUCUUCAGAUGAUGAGGGAGGAUGUCGUGGCUCGGGAGAGGCGUCUGGCAGAUCACAAAGCAUCUUUGGAUGCCAGAGAGCAAGAGAUCUCCCUUCGGGAGGAGAAUCUUGAAGCCACCCUCCACGCCAAGGACCAGAGUUUCGGGACCUUGGUGCAGCAGCGCACCAAAGAACUGAAGGAUGAGCAUGGGGCUGCUCUAGACACCCUCUCUACUGAUCAUGCUGGCCAAUUGAAGAAGAUUGUUGACGAUCUGGAUGCCGCAUCCUCUGCCAAAGCUAAGCUCAAGCGGCAGGUGGCCAAACUGAACGAAGACCUUGCCAUGAGUGCCAUGGAAGUGGAGAAACUCAAAGAAGAGGCAUGGAAAGCAGAGCUCCAUCUGGCUGAUGUGCAGUCGCAUCUCUCCUCCAAGACCCAAAGCCUUGAAGCCGCCAACAACAACAUUUCUGAUAUGACGGCAAGUAUUGGCUCGUUGGAGCAGACGGCAGAGUCCCUUGAGUCCCGGCAGCAGCUGUUAUCUAAAGUGUUGGAAAACGCCAAGCGCCUCCGGCAAUAUGCAGAAGAUAGGUUGAAGAAUCGGGUCGACAUGAUCAACCUCUGGAUCAAGAGCCUGGUUGAUGUUGCCGAACGGCUUGGUGCCCAAGAUGCGGUGAUGGGUAUGGAUGGCCUAGUCUACUCAGCCAGCGAGCAGGAGGUCCCGAGUGUCAUGCUGGGGAUCUUCUUCAACGAGUUGAUCGAGAAUCUGAAGAUGCAUGAAGAGGGGAGGGGCGAGCGCUUUGUGACUGAAUCGCGGAGGCUUGCUCGCAACGCCCUCUUCAUGGUCUUGAGCAACAUCGCCUGCCGCCACCCCGAGCUCGAUCUUGACGAUGGCUUCAGGAAGCUACUAGUGGGUGCCGACGUUGCUGCCACUGAGCAUAAGGUCGAUCCCUGUGCUGACAGGGUUCUCCGUGUCUAA